CCCAGGGCAUGAAAGAAACCUCGUAGGCAGCAUGGCGCGCUUCCGGCAAUCGCCGCUCGACUUUCUGCGUGAGAUCUCGCUGCACGUCUCCGGCACCGGCUGGCGUAGCUACGACAACAUAGUCGGCCAGCCAAUCUUCUACGCGGGCUUCAGCGAGCGCAUGAAAGGGAUGGUGCUGCGGAAUGAGAAACUCGGAGAGAAGGUGCGAGAGCUCGCGAGUCGGCGGGUGGAUGCUGAAGUCCGGGAGGGCGGGUUAGGAGCGGAAAUCGAAAAUAACAGGGUUUCCGGGGUUGACGGAGGGAGUUUGGGAGUAGAGGAGAGGAAACAUCGGCGGAGAGUCCAGAUUGAGGAGCAGCUGAUGGAGGUGGCAGAUAAGUUGACUGAUGACAUGAUUUGCAAGAUGGAGAGCCAGCGGUUUAUCAGGGGCGCGUAUUAUCUGUGCACGCAGCUGUUGACCAGGGCGUAUCAUCAGGGUAUCCACGUUUCGAGCGAAGAAGUUCUUCGCCUCCGCGGCGUUGCCGAGCAAGCAGAAAAGAAUAAACAAUCCAUAAUCUUCCUUCCAUGCCAUCGAUCUCACGUUGAUUACGUUUCCUUGCAGAUAAUCUGCUAUAGACUGGGUUUGGCCCUGCCUACGGUAGUCGCGGGUGAUAACCUGAACUUUCCCGUGGUCGGAUCCUUUUUGCAACAUGCAGGUGCUAUGUGGAUACGUCGGAGUUUUGGAGACGAUCAGCUUUAUACCACGCUUGUGCAGGCAUACAUAGAUACGCUUCUCCAGAAUGGAUUCAACUUGGAGUGUUUCGUUGAGGGUGGUCGGUCCCGGACUGGUAAACUCCUUCCACCGAAGUUUGGGAUUCUAAAUUUCCUUUUGGACAGCGUGGCAUCUGGACGGGUCAACGAUGCAAUAAUAUGUCCAGUCAGCACACAAUAUGAUAAGGUGAUUGAAGUAGAUUCGUACAUCAGCGAACUUCUCGGACAACCGAAACCAAAAGAGAACCUUAUGGAUUUCCUUUCUGCUUCCUCGGUACUUUCGUUGAAGCUAGGCCGUGUAGAUGUCCGCUUUCAUGAGCCUUGGAGUCUCCGUGGUUUCAUCCAGCAGCAAACGGAGAGGUUCACUCAGCUACCUCAGCAGCUGGAUGCGAAAGAGAUGAGGUUGAGAAUUCUAAGAACGAUGGGGUACAAGGUUCUUUCCGAUAUCAAUGAUGUUUCAGUCGUGAUGCCCACAGCAUUGAUUGGCACUGUGCUGCUGACGCUUAGAGGUCGAGGCGUCGGUAAAGCCGAAUUGGUCAGAAGAGUUGAGUGGCUCAGCGACCGUGUUCGAAGCCAAGGCGGACGAGUAGCCCACUUCGCUGGCCUCCCGACUAGUGUGGUUGUUGAAAGGGGACUCGAGGUUCUUGGUCCUGGCCUGGUUGGUACGGUUCAGGGGCUACCCGAGGAGACGUUCUACGCCGUUGACAGAUUUCAAUUGUCAUUCUACAGGAACAUGACUAUCCAUCUCUUUAUCUUGCAGGCUCUUGUAUCAGCAGCGAUGUAUACCAAGAUCAAGCAAGGCGGUGGACCCGAAAACCAAAGGAUCACAUACGAGGACCUCCAUGGUCAGGUGUAUUUCUUAUCUCAGUUGUUCCGUGGCGAGUUCAUCUUCCCGACUGAAGGACUCGACGCCAACUUGACAAAGGCCUUAAAUGGUCUGGAACGCGACAAUGUUGUCCAGAUAACCAGGAAUUCCGAAGACCCAAGCAAGAUAGGUUUCAUCGAGUUGAGCGAUGCUGAAAGAGAAUGCGGCCGGGAGAACUUUGACUUCUAUUGCUUCUUGAUAUGGCCAUUCGUUGAAGCAAGCUGGCUUGGCGCAAUGUCUCUCCAAAUGCUUACACCCCCAUUAACACAAAUAGGAGAAACGUGGCUGGACAUGAAAAAGGUUCAAGAUCGCGCGCAAUUGCUAGGAAAAACUCUGUAUCACCAAGGAGACUUAUCGUAUUUUGAAGCCGUCAAUAAAGAAAUUCUGAAGAACGCUUACCAGCGCUUCGAAGAAGAAGGUAUGAUCGUAGUUGCGAAGAGUAAAGACACGAAAAUACCAUCCACCGUACGACUCGCAGACGACUGGACACCCUCCCGUUGCAAAAAGACGGGUAAAAUUAUGGCGAAGGGGAAGCUCUGGACCUUUUCAGAGCUGGUUUCGCUGUCGCGGAGAGAAGGGAAAAAUCGUCGCGAUGGUGCUACGGUGCAGAAUCGUGUGUUGGCGCUCGCUGAUAAGGUCGGAAGGGAGUUGUGGGAGGAUGCGGCGUCGCGGGAUGGGCUCGUCGACAAAGACGAAGCCCGCAUCGCGAAGGCUAAGGGGAAGAGGAAGCGGAAGGCCUUGAACAUCGAUCGAGCUAGACUGUAACUGUACUUCAGCAAGUCCCCCAUUCUCUUGUUUUAGCCCCUUUCUUGUAAGCUUCUUGGUGGGCUGGCGGUGCGGAGAUGCUGGAGCGGGUGGACCUCUCUAUACAUCUAGCGACUAGCGUGUCUGCGACUCUGCAGUGGGUAUCAAGGCAGUGAUAGUGUAUAGUCUACUUACUGUACACCUGUAGACCAUUCAGAGACCUCCUCCAUGCUCCG